AUUUACUUCAAUUUUCUUUAGGUUACCUGUUGACCAGGGUGGAACGUAAAAUUGGGUCGCCAGAAAAACCAUUAUCUGAUUUGGGUUUAAUAUCAUAUCGUUCUUAUUGGAAAGAUGUUCUACUUGAAUAUCUCUGUAAUCGAACUGGAAAUACUUUAAGCAUAAAAGAUGUUUCACAAGAAAUGGCCAUUUAUUCUUAUGACAUUGUAAGCACUCUACAGGCAUUGGGUAUGAUGAAAUACUGGAAAGGCAAACAUAUAGUACUUAAAAAACAGGAUGUUUUGGAUGAUUAUGAGGAGCGCAUUAAAAGACGUGGAACAUUUCCUAAAAUCGAUGAAGCUUGCUUACGUUGGAAUCCAUUUGUACCGCAGCAGAAUAAUGACUCUCCCUGAAAAAGGGUUAUACCGAAUUAUGAUUAAGCAAAAAGUGAAAUGCCGUCAUUACAAACGUUACAGAUUUGUUUUCUUUGUGUAAUUUAAAUAAAAAAUUUAUUUUUAAAGAAAUUUAUGAAACAAAGAAAAGCUCAUCAUUAAUAUGAUUUUAAAUUAAGAAAAUAUAUAUUCUUUGUUUUCCCAUCAAUCUGUACGAGUCUGAGUCAUUCGAGUUAAAACUUUACAACAGACAAUUUUAUUUUUUGGCAAUUUAUUAGUCACACAUGCGCAUCUACAGGUUUUUUUUUUGCUCGCUUAACACUUCACAAGGAGUUUUUGUUGUUGUCUUUUUAUUUCGAAUAUAUUACAUGUAUAUAACUCUUAUUUGUGAAUGUGUAUGUGUGUGUAUUCGUGUUUUUUUUUUUCUUUCUCAACGAUUCAGCUGCUGCACAAUAAGUAUAUAAUUAAUAAUUAUUUAUAUGUGUAAAUAUAUAUAUACAUACAUAUAUGUUUAAUGUAUUAGUUUUAAAUACUUUAAAUAUGUAAGAAAAAAAAAAAAGAAACAAUUAUUUAUAAAUGCGAUUAAUGUAUUGUUAAGCAGAGGAUAUACAAUAUUAGAAGUUACUCCCAUAAGCAAUAAAUAAACUCUUUAUUUACCCUA